GAGAGGACGAUGACGAAUGCGUGGCCCCGUUUGUGAAAGGUGUAGCCGUCGCCCAGCACAUGGCUGAACCAGUAGAACUGGCUCCGUCAGCGGAGGGGGCGGCCCUUGAGCGAGGACGAUGCUGCAUUCGUUGGCGAGCAACCGCUGUGUGCGGGUGAUAGACAGGAACCGCCCGGCGUGGUACUUCGCCUUCCUCACGGCCAGCUACCUCCUCUACCUGGUGUUCGGAGCCGUGAUCUUCUCCUCGGUGGAGCUGCCCUAUGAAGACCUCCUGAGGAAGGACCUGCAGGAGCUGAAGCGGAGUUUCCUCGGGGAGAACCAGUGCCUGUCCGAGGAGCAGCUGGAGGGCUUCCUGGAGCGGGUACUGGAGGCCAGCAACUACGGGGUGUCCAUCCUCAACAACGCGUCCGGGAACUGGAACUGGGACUUCAUGUCGUCGCUGUUCUUCGCCAGCACCGUGCUGUCCACCACAGGGUACGGACACACCGUUCCAUUGUCAGACGGAGGAAAGACAUUCUGCAUCUUGUAUUCCGUCAUCGGGAUCCCGUUCACCUUCCUCCUAUUCACAGCUCUGGUCCAGAGGAUCCUCGUCUACGUGGCGCGGAGGCCGGUCCUCUACAUCCACCUGCGUUGGGGCUACCCCAAGCACAUGGUGGCCAUGGUCCACGCCUUCCUCCUGGGGCUCCUCACAGUCACCUGCUUCUUCUUCAUCCCCGCUGCUGUCUUCUCCAUCAUGGAGGAGGACUGGAACUUCUUGGAAUCCUUCUACUUCUGCUUCAUCUCACUCAGCACCAUCGGCCUGGGCGAUUACGUCCCCGGCGAGGGUUACAACCAGCGAUUCCGGGAGCUCUACAAGCUUGGCAUCACUUGCUACUUGCUGCUGGGCCUGGUGGCCAUGCUGGUGGUCCUGGAAGCAUUUUGCGAACUUCAGGAACUGAAAACAUUCCGUAAGCUGUUCUAUGUGAAGAGGGGCAAGGACGAGGACCAGGAGAACAUUGUGGAGCAUGACCAGCUGGCCUUCUCCUCCAUCUCAGACCAGGUGGCAUCGCUGAAGGACGAGCAUAAGCUCAGCGAGCCCUUUGUGGCCCUCCAUCCGGUCGCCAGUUACGCCACCGACGGCUCUAUAAACAAUGAACACUAGAGCAGGGAUUAUCUAA